ACAUAUAGAGGGAGACAGAGAGAGAGAGAGAGAUUGCACCCAAAAAAUUAUUGAAGAAAAGGACAACCUCACAUGACCUAAACCCUCAUCUUUCAUGGGCCCCUACGUAUAAAAAUUUCUUCUCCUCCUUCUUCCGAUCCCUCUCUCUCUCUCUCUCUCCCCGCUCAGACACAGUUUUUUUCUUCUAAACAAGAAAAUUGGAAGACGGAAUUUGAUGUUUUGCUUCUCAUUGUAAAGCUUCACAAAAGGGUUUGCGUUUUUCGGCUUUGGUCAAGGAAGGCACCGACCCUCUUUUGUGGAUGAUGAGACUCUCAGACUUUGGGGCCUCAGAGAUCUGAUCAGAAGCACAAAAAGAUAACAAUUUUCAUAAAGGUAUAAUUUGAGGUGAUAGGGUUUUGGAUAAUAUUGCAAAUUAUUGUGAUAGAAUAUAACAAGAUCAUGGACUUUAUGCAAAGAGAUCAAAAGGGGUAUUCUGACAAAGAAGAUCAAGAUCAAGAACAAGAAGAUCAAGAGGAAGAGGAGGAUAUAAUCACCACAAGUAACAGCAAUUAUGGGUCCUCACCAAAAUACAAAGGCAUCCUUCUUCCUCCUCCUCCUCCGCACUACCACCAGCAGUACGGCCGGCAAAAGCCGUGGCUUGAUGUUCAGAAUCACGGCUCUCCGGAAGCCAUCAACUUCACGGACUUAUCACUAAACAAAGAUCAGGUUUCUGAUGGUGGUACGGACCAGAAUUACUGGCCUCCUAAUUCUGAAAGAGAGCACAUGUUUGACAAGGUUGUGACGCCAAGCGAUGUUGGGAAGCUCAACCGCCUGGUCAUUCCGAAGCAGCAUGCGGAGCGGUACUUCCCACUUGACUCCUCAUCGAACGACAAGGGCUUGCUUUUGAAUUUCCAAGACCGGACGGGAAAGCCGUGGCGGUUUAGGUACUCUUAUUGGAAUAGCAGCCAGAGCUAUGUCAUGACAAAAGGGUGGAGCCGUUUUGUGAAGGAGAAGAAGCUGGAUGCCGGUGACAUUGUAUCAUUUGAGCGAGGGGUUGGGGAAUCGGGGAAGGACAGAUUGUACAUUGACUGGAGGCGCCGUCCUCCCCCUCCUCUUCCGCCUCAACUACAUCCUCAUAACCAUUAUGGCGGAGGCAGGGUUUACUCGCUGCUGCAGCGGCCGCUGCCUUCGUCUGUGAUGUCGUCUAUGCCUCUUAGACACCACGAACAUUUUCUUCACUCGAACAACAAUGUUCAUCAUCCGUACCACCACCAGCAUCACAACUAUCAGCUCAUGAAUCAACAAUAUUUACCGCAUCAGCUUCAUCAAUUGCAAGGUGGGGGGGAUCAACAUGUGAUUCAUCAUCAAUAUCCAAUGGUGAUAGAUUCGGUGCCUUUUUAUCAACAUGGUAAUUAUAAGAACAGUGCUACUAGUACCAGUAAUAGUGCUAGUGCUAGUGUUGCUUCAUCAGCUGGUAAGAAGCUUAGGCUUUUUGGUGUGAACAUGGAAUGCUCAAGUAGUCCAAUUGAAGAGGAUGAUCAUCACGAAUGUCAGAUAUUGUCUUCAACAGCAAUACCCUAUCAACCUCAUCUUCCAUCGUCGACAUCUUCACUGGCUUUUCCUCCGCUCGAAUUCAUUAGGCUGCCCAAUACAAGUAGUAGUAGUACUCCACCAGAUCAUCUUUUCCUCUCCAACAAAGGGAAAUCUACAACUUCGUUUUAUUUGGAUCCCUAGAGAGUUUGAUCGUUUGCUGUGUCAAUAACGACUUUUCGAUCUUCACUAGUUCAAUUUCCUCUUGAAUUAAAGGUACCCCAAUGGACAAUGGUCCCCCCAUCGACACAGGUCUAGCUGUAGAUCAGCUGCCUUCCAAAUAAAGGAACAAUCUACUUCACUUGUCGAUUUAUUUGGACAUAUAUGAUGAUCCCAAGCUCGCUAGAAAAGAGUUCAUUUGCCGUGAAUUAGCAGGAAAAUAAAUAUAUAAACAAAAGUGAACAAGCAUUUUUCUUUA